AUGGACGCGGCCAUCUGGAUCUACCAGUUCCGACUGAUCGUGCUGGGCGACUCCACCGUGGGCAAGUCCUGCCUCUUGCACCGCUUCACCGAGGGCCGCUUCCCGGGGCCGCUGCACUCCGACCCCACCGUGGGGGUGGACUUCUUCUCCCGGCUGGUGGAGAUCGAGCCCGGCAAGAGGGUCAAGCUGCAGCUUUGGGACACGGCGGGGCAGGAGCGCUACCCUUCUCCUCCCAGAUCUCACUAUAGGGUAACAAGUGGCCUUAUCCUAUCAAUAACACGCUCUUAUUAUCGCAAUUCUGUGGGUGGCCUACUAGUAUUUGACAUCACAAAUCGACGAUCUUUUGAACAUGUGAAGGACUGGCUGGAAGAAGCAAAAAUGCACGUGCAGCCCUUUCAGAUUGUGUUCCUCUUAGUAGGACACAAAUGUGACUUAGUGUCACAGCGCGAGGUUACGAGAGAAGAAGCUGAAAAACUGUCAUCUGACUGUGGUAUGAAAUAUAUAGAAACUUCAGCAAAAGAUGCCACAAAUGUUGAGGAGUCCUUUACAAUUCUUACACGAGACAUCUACGAACUUGUAAAAAAUGGAGAAAUCUCAAUACAAGAUGGAUGGGAAGGUGUCAAGAGCGGCUUUGUUCCAAACGUUGUACAUUCAUCAGAAGAAGCUGUAAAGCCCAGGAGACAGUGCAUCUGCUGAGUUUGUAGCAUGCCAAAGAGCCCAUGGGGUGUUUAGAAGAUGAUGCCAAUCUAAAUGACAACAAAAAAAAUUUGAAACAAUAUUAGAUCAUGGCAUAGCUGAAUCAUAGAACAGUAAUUUGGUUUUGUAUCCUUCUGUCUAGGUUAUAAUCCAUAACACUUUAAGUGCUUUUUUUUCUUUGCAGAGUACAAUAACUUCACAUGGUCUUCAAGAAAAGAAAUUGUAUAUUGCUAAAGGGAACACUAAUUCUAUAGCAAGACACUGAGAAAGUGCAAUAAUCAUCAUGACAACAUCCUCGCUUUGUAUUUUGAAUACUGUUUAAAAUCAGGUCUUGUUAGAUGAGGAUCAGAUGAGCUCAUUACUUUUGUUCAUCCUGCCUUAGCUUUGGACAAGAAAAUAUUAUACCUUAUACUUUUUAAAUGUGAUUCUUUACUCGACUGCAGGGUUGCUAAUGACCAUUAAAGUUUAGAAUGCUGUAGAAUUUGAUAAUAAAAAUAACCCUAAGGAAAGCAAA